UUAUCUGUAAUAAAGAACAGAUAUUAUUGAAACAAUAAUUUUUCAAAUAAUAAUAAUUAUGAUUUCUUCUAGAAUGAUUUUGAUGAGGAAGACCAAAUGGAUUUUAACUACGAAAUACCUUUGUUUAAUAAUUCUAUUCAGUUUCAUUAUGUGGAUAAAUUUGGUGCCAAAUGUUGAAGAAAUUCAUAUAUUUUACAAUCGGGAAAACGCGGGAAAAUUUUAUCUAAAUAGGAAUCCUUUUCUGGUGAAUUAUUCACAUGCUGAAUCACAAAGAAAUGAAAGCAAAGUUGCUCGAAGUGGCAGACUAUUUCAGAGUUUUAAAAGAUCUAAUGUUUCCAAAUUCGAUUCUAAAGACUACCAUUUACUACAUAGACAUAAUAAAGCACCUGUACAUAAAAUAUUUCAAUCUUUUGGACAAGACUUUGGUAGCCAAAUUAAUGAACCGGACUUUAAGAAAAUGCACGAUUUCCAGCUUUACUUAAAGCCCCGGUAUUUAAAUUCGUAUAAGAACCCAUGCUUUUUAAAGAAUGUGACUUUUGGUGCGCACAAUGCAUCCCGAGAGAUAGAAAGGCUACAAUGUGUUCCAUUUUUCAUGAUUGUUGGUUUCCCCAAAUGUGGAACAACUGAUCUAUGGUCCAAAUUGAAACAGCAUCCUCAAGUGUCGUGGCUACACGCGAAAGAAAUUAAUUUUUUCAACAAAAAGCAAUAUGAUUACAUGACAGUUGACAAUGCUGUGGAUUUUUACCAGCGUAGCAUAAGUGCUUCAACGGAACAAAUCAAGAAAUGUGUUCCUGAGAAAAUGAAUGAUUUAAACCCGUGCAUAACUGGAGACGCUUCUGUUGACACUAUUUUUGAUAACAAAUUUUGGAGACAGUUACCAGGCAACGAUAUAAAACUUGAACCUGUGCUCACAAAUGCAGAUUAUGUCCACAAAGUUAAUCCGGACAUGAAAAUAAUCGUCCUUGUAAGGGAACCCGUUGAAAGGUAA